GGCCCAACACCAACACCCCCCGUUCUAAGAAAUACUCUCUGAAGAAACAAACUUAGUAUUUUCUUGAGAUUUCUCUCUCUCGAAAAAAAGGAAAAGAAAAGAAAAGUGAGGGAGAUAAAAGGGAAAUAGAGAAUUAGAGAUCCGUCGCUGGGACGCAAAGUCUCUGCGUAACUGCGUCUUCCUCCUCCAAUUCCGCCAAGUUUUCUUCCCGAAUCAUUUACGUAACUUAAUUACGAACCUGUUUUUGGACCCGAGGAAAUUCCUCUGUCCUCUGCGUUUUCUUUUCCUUUCCUCCAUGUUUUCUAACUGUGAUUUCGCCUUCUUUUCUUCCCCAAAUUUCUUACUUAAUUUCGAUAAAUCUCCCCGAUUCGGUCCGAAUCGUAUGUAAUCUUUGUUUUCUUUCUUCCACCGAAGAACCCAUUUAAUGUUUGCUAUUUUUCAUUUUAAUUUCUUGCAAAAGAUGUCUACUUUUUGGGUUUAACAGUGGUUUUCCUCGGAAAUAUUUUCUUUAAAUCGGAUUUCUUCUUAUUCUAGAACUUCGGGCAUUUGGGUCUUGAAGGGUUGGCUGGAGAAUCAUGUCCCCGGCUCCUAUUGAAGUGACAUUGCCGGAAUCGCCAUCGGUGUCCUCACCUCUCUGUUCUUCUUCCACUCAGAGAUGCGGUGGAGAAUCUCGGUUUUCCAAUCUCAGAAGCGUUCAGUGGCGAAUAAAUUUGGGGAUUUUGCCAUCUUCUUCUUCCAUCGAAGAACUCCGGCGGGUCACAGCAGAUACUCGAAGAAGGUAUGCUGGUUUGAGAAGGCGCCUUCUAGUUGAUCCGCAUUUUCUUAAAGAGGGAAAUAAUUCUCCUGAUCUUAUCAUGGACAACCCACUAUCACAAAACCCUGAUAGCAUGUGGGGCCGGUUUUUCCGCAAUGCUGAGCUAGAGAAAAUGGUUGACCAGGAUUUGUCACGUUUAUAUCCAGAACAUGGAAGCUACUUCCAGAUGCCAGCAUGUCAAGGCAUGUUAAGAAGGAUACUGUUGUUGUGGUGCCUUAGACAUCCAGAAUAUGGUUACAGACAAGGGAUGCAUGAACUAUUGGCUCCACUACUUUUCGUUCUUCAUGUUGAUGUGCAAUGUCUUUCUCAAGUUCGGAAAAUUUAUGAAGAUCAUUUUACCGAUAAGUUUGAUGGGCUGUCCUUAACUGAAGGUGAUGUUAUGUGUGAUUACAAGUUCAUGAGCACACCAGAUUCCUCUAAUUGGGGCAUGGGGAUGGAUGAGAACAACUUACAGGGAAGUACCAACAAGGUCAGUAGUCUUGAUGAGCUUAAUCCUGAGGUACAGACUAUUAUAUUGUUAAGUGAUGCUUAUGGGGCAGAGGGUGAAUUGGGUAUUCUCCUCUCUGAGAGAUUUAUGGAACAUGAUGCAUAUUGUAUGUUUGAUGCCUUAAUGAGUGGGGCUCGUGGUACUGUGGCAAUGGCAGACUACUUUUCUUCUUCCCCCACCCUUGGGUCCCAGACAGGCUUACCUCCAGUAAUUGAAGCUUCUUCUGCAUUGUAUCAUUUGCUUUCUAUUGUUGAUUCAUCUCUGCACAGCCACCUUGUUGAGCUUGGGGUAGAACCCCAGUACUUUGCACUCCGUUGGUUGCGUGUUCUAUUUGGACGUGAAUUCUUACUAGAAGACCUCUUGAUAAUCUGGGAUGAGAUAUUUGCAGCCGACAAUAGUAAAUUAAUAGCUAGUGCCAAUGAUGAUGAUGGUUCUGGCUUUGGUGUCCUUGGUUCUCCUCGUGGGGCAUUCAUCUCAGCAAUGGCUGUUUCAAUGCUACUUCAUUUGAGAUCUUCCCUGCUUGCUACUGAGACUGCUACUGCUUGUCUCCAAAGAUUGCUAAACUUUCCUGAAAAUGCAAAUGUGAAGAAGUUGAUAGAGAAGGCAAAAUCUUUGCAGUCUCUUGCUCUGGAUACCAGUAUCUCCUCACUGUCUCCUUUUCUCUAUGGGGCCUUUGACAGGAAAUCUACUCUAACCAGAGUUCAUAGCCUUUCCUCUGGUUCAAUUUCUCCUAGAACCCCACUAAAGGUGGUACCUGAGAGUUACUGGGAAGAAAAGUGGAGGGUGUUGCACAAAGCAGAAGAGCUUCAUCAAGGAAGUUCCGGAAAACAAGUUCCUUCUGGAAAAAAAGGGUCAUCAGGGAAAGUUAGAUUGAGCCUGGCUAGGGCAGAGUCAGAUCCAUCUCCUGCAAAAACCACAAGUGUGAAAAAGGAUUCGAGAUCCUUUGUUAGGAGAAGAUUGUUAGAAGAUCUGUCUCGAGAACUUGGCUUUCAGGAGGAUGUUGAGAAGCCAGGAUGUUCUGAUCAGAAAGAUCCUAUCUGUAGUCAAAAGGAUCCUCUCUCCAGUGUUAAUGUGGGAGAGCAGGGAUUCCUCAAUGACAGUGCUGAAAAGAAUUGCAUUGAUAAGAAUUUUACAUCUACAGCUGUUGAGACAAGUUUGAGUGGACAUACUGGUAGUGAAGAAAACUCCUCAAUAUUCUCUGCCUCAUCAAGCCCUUUAUCUGGAGCUAAUGACCAUGAAAAUGACUCAGAGAAAAGUAGUGUUUCUUCGAAUUUAUAUGUAGAUGACAAUGAUGGCGAAUCCAAUAAUCUGGAGCAGUGUGGGACUGCUCUAGAUGACACACCUCUUCCUGUUUCCUAUCCCACAGAUGCUACAUUACAGCAGCCUGAAUCCGACAAGGAUUCAACAGGGAAACAGGAAACAAUUUUGAAGGAGCGAAAGUUGCAUUCUGGUAAAUUUCAAUGGUUUUGGAGGUUUGGACGUGGUGGCGGUGAAGGGGCCUCUGAGAAAGGAGGUAACUCAGAGGUGUCAAGGUCCACAAAUGUGGGAGGUACCUCAGAGGCGACGACUGAUAAAUGUGAUUCCUCUGGACUUGGUGGUACAGGAGAUUCUGUAGACAAGAAUGUGCUGGGUACUUUGAGGAAUCUUGGACAUACAAUGCUUGAAAAUAUUCAGGUACUUGAGUCGGUGUUCCAGCAUGAUAGAGGUCAGGUGGGAUCAUUGGAGAACUUGUCAAGAAACAUUCUUGUGGGCAAAGGUCAAGUUACAGCCAUGGCAGCUCUGAAGGAGCUUCGGAAAAUCAGUAAUCUUUUAUCCGAGAUGUGAGGUUAGUUUUGUUUACCUGUAUAUACAUUAUGUAAUUAUCAUUCUUGAGUCCAAAAUAAAAUUGAGCUCUUGGGUUAUCUUCCCUUCCAUUUCUUCCUCUGGUAUAUCCAAUUUUGAGCUUUGAUGGAUAUGUAAAUACAAGUUUCAAAAGGAAAUGUCUCUCAAUGCAGAGUUUACUUGAAGACCA